AUGGCGCCCGGCACCAAUUGCGAACUCUCUGAUUUCCUCAAGCACGUAGAGAAGUGCAAGUGGUUCGCCAUAGCUGAUACUUCACCAACAGGCACCCGGCCCAUCGUGUCAACACGCGCGCUUCAAACCUACCUUACUGCAGACAGAGUGCGGAAGCUCUUGUUAUAUGUCGCUAGUUCGCCCAACUAUGAGCGCAUAGUCCGGGAAAGAUACCUGGUCGUAUUCUCGAUCCUUCUUUCGAUAAAACAGGGUGUAUACAUAACGACGUUUAUUCAGCACGACCAGCUGGCAGACGAAAGAUUGCCUUUCCUUAGCCGCGACGAAUGGCCGGAAGUCUGCAAAGUCAUAUUCACUCAAUUCAACGAGACGCAGUGGAAAUUCUGCGCGAAACGGCUGGUGUAUGACCGGUUGAAUGACACGAGGCUACACGCGAACGAGGUUGUACCCUUCAGGAAAAAACACCCGCUGAAGGAGGGAUCGGACUCGACUAUCUUCAGGGUCGAGUUAUUUGAGGAGUAUAACCACCUUUUCCCAGACGAACCACAUCAUCCCCCUACCAGCGUCUUCAUCCUGAAAUCGUGUCGAUCGGACAAUACAAGGUUACAUGAUAACGAGGUAGAGGCUUACAGGACCUUACUGAGCCACUCAAGUGGACAAAAUGCAAUGCAAAAUAUGGCGCGCUUCUAUGGUUCUUGGAUACAGGGCGACACCUGUUACAUAUUGCGCGAAUAUGUUAGCGGCGGCACCCUCACAGAAUUUUUCAAACGUACCGAGCCGCCAACAUCAGCGAACGACAUAUUGAAGUUCUGGACAAAUUUCAUACAGCUCGUAAAGCCAAUAUCGUGUAUACACCGUCUUCCUGAUUCACACAACCAUCGUUCGUACAGAGUAGGGCUACAUAACGACAUCAAACCGGAUAACAUUCUUGUUUCAGAGAUGAACAACGACAGCCCGUUCGAUGUCUCCUACAAACUCAUAGAUCUUGGACUCGCUGGGUUUGUGCUAGCGGACGACUCUGACGAGACACAACUUCGCGAUGUGCACGGCACGAAGAUGUAUAGUGCGCCCGAAUACUUUCGUGGUGAGAAGGACAGGUUCAGACAACAAAGCAUCAAGCAAGCACACCCAAGCAAAGACAUUUGGGCCUUGGCUUGCGUGAUCAGUGAAGCCGCAGUAUGGUCCGUAUUUGGUUAUAACGGGUUGAUCGACUACAACGAACGGCGAAUAAAAGCAACUGCUGAUAUUCCCUCCCUUGCGCAAACAGGUUAUAGCGGCUGCUUUCACGAUACUACAAAAGUUCUCGAUGUCGUAAAGGACGUGCACAAGGAAGCCUGCCAUGCGCGCCGGACAAACAUUGAUAAUAUCGUUAGCCGCGUCGUCCUUAUCGUUGGUGGAAUGAUGGCCCAAGAUCCUUCAAGGAGGCCAGAUGCUUUGAGAGUAUACGAAGACCUUACACGAGCUAUAGAGUUAGAGGCCCCGCCCACAGCCACCACCAAUGCUCGAUACUCUAUGCCCGUCCAACUGCCUCCAGAUCUGCCAGUUGGGCUGGGCUUGGUGACGACUGGCACACCUCCCAUACAGUCAUCGUACGAGUCGCCAGGGCGUUCAACGUACCGUCCGGAUCGACGUGCAACGAUCAGUACAAACCCUGGCGCUCGUCCAUUCUCCACAGCCUUGAGUAUCGAAGAAGAAGAUAUUUCGAGACAAAGUCUUCACGUAAUGGCUCGACACACUAUAGACGUGCCGCAGCAGACUCCGGUAUCUGGUAUUAACAGUUCGUUUCAACAUUCUAGCGCACCCGUCGGCCAGAGAGAUCUUCCAGUAGCUUCCGUUGAUAAAGCUCUAAAUUACAUACGCAUGAAGAAGGCGGACGCGAGAACGCCUCCUCUACAAGGUCAAGAGUGGUUGAAAAGAUUGCAUGGCAGAGAUCAGAUUUUUCUCAUCGAUGAUUCGGCGUCAAUGCACCAACACUGGAAAGAGGUCAAGAGGGUCUUCGAGGCUCUAGCCUAUCUGGUCAAAACUAAAGACCCAGACGGUAUUGAGUUACGGUUCGCUAAUAGUUGUGAGCAUGACGACCGCCAAAAACACCGUAAUGGACUCAUGAAGAAUUUCGAAAAGGUAAAACCUGGUGGUCAGUGUCAGAUGGGUAUAGCACUCAACAAGAUCCUCCCGAAUUACUAUCGAACCCAGAUGAACAAAAGAUCAUCUUGGUCUUCGCGAGUAGAGGAGAAGCCCCCAGUCAAUAUUUACAUCCUCACGGACGGUGUUUGGUCGCAGGGUCAAGAAUGUCUUUCCACGGUUCAGGACCACAUUACUCGCCUAGUCAACCACCUAUGGGAGACUGGUAGAUUGGAACAUGUUGGUAUCCAAUUCAUCCGAUUUGGAGACAAUGAGAUUGGGAGACAGCGCCUGGAUAUUCUCGACAACGAUCAGAAGCAGUACUACGAAGUGCCUAGAGACAUUGUUGAUACAGAGCCCUCCACCGGCAAUAUCUUCAAGAUGCUUCUCGGGAGUACCGAUGGUAACUGGGACAAACAAGAUACCGGCUGA